AUGAAUAUAAGUAGCUUAUUUGAGCGCUUUCAGCGCUUCUGCCCUCUCACUUUUGCAAGUACUCCUAGGCCCGAGGAAGCUGAGUACUGGCUGGAUCGCAUCUCUAAGAUGUUGAAGCCGUUGUAUUGUACUGAGUAUGUUCCUUAUUUAUUUCUGAGAUUUACUUGCUAUGAUCUUGGGUAUGUUCGUUUGGAUUGGAAUUAUGAUAUGGAAAUCCUCCUUGCCAUCACUGCAGUCCUCCAGUCCCGUCAGCCUGCCGAUGAGGUUCCUGCGCAGUCUGACUUGCCGUAUGCGAGCGCGAUAUUCCGGAAGUUCCAACAGUAUGAUCCCCCAAGGUUCAGUGGUGAGCCUGACCCUGAAAGUGCCCUGGAGCAGAGGGUGAUUGAGUUUGAGGCCCUAGUUCAAGGAGAUAUGAUGGUGUCCCAUUAUAAGGCCCGUUUUGUAGCGCUUUCCCGAUUCACCCCUUACCUCGUCGACGACGAGAAGAAGAGGGCUCACCGUUUUGUGAGCGACUUGCAUCCCGCUCUUCGUAGCCGUGUGGUGAGACAUUACUUGAUGACAUUUAAUCAGGUCAUCCAUAGAGCAUUGGUUUAUGAGGAGGACUGGGCUUUGUCCUAG